UCUCGCGAAAUUGCGAAUUCGUGAGCGCUCUGACAGACGCAACAGUUGACAUGUGAACCCACAGAUGUAACGCGACCCUCGUGUUUGCGCGCGUGUCGCUUUUUCAAAUGGGCACAUGUAUACCCCUUAGCAAGCUGCAAAAUCCGCUAUUUACCUCCCGUCGCCAAGGUGAGCCGGCAUUGAUCACCGCGUCUUCGUGUAGGUGUCACGCGGAGAGGCCAGCUAACUCGAUAACCCACAGAUAUACUCGCGCGCGAAUAUAUCCCUCCGACAAUACGUGACUCGUAGCCGUGUGCGCGGUAGUUGCAUUUCGCGCGAUUUAAAUUUUAUGAUACUUCGUGACGAUCCCGCGCUCCAAGAAGUAAACGCGCAUCAGUCUUCUUCGCGUGAAACGUGACGUACCUUCAGGGAAUCGAGUCGCGCCUUUAAAUAAAGGCCUCCGUGCGUGAAAAAAGUUAUAUUUAAUAUUCACAAUCUCGUGCGCCACAUAUCUUUAUGUAUACAGAGCAAUUUGAAAGGAGUCUGAAAGGAAGUAAUUUCGAUUUUCUCAAUAAUUUGCUUGCAUUUCUAUAUGAAUUCAUAUAAUUUCUAUAACAAAUAAUUUUUUAGUCACAAAAAUAAAUAAAAAUAAAUAAGCGAUGAUAAUUGUACAGUGAAUUAUUCAUGAGAUGCUCUAGAAUAAUGCAAAAUUAUCAGAAGAAAAUAUGAAGUAUCUUGCACUGAGAAAUAAUAGUUGAAAAUUCAUUUGUGGGAUGUAAAGUUUAUUUCUGUGAAAUAACAUUUAUUUCUGUGAAUAAACUUUAUAUUACGCAAAUAAAUUUUCAAAUAUUUCUUUUUCAGAGUGUGUGUAAAAUAUCCACUUUCCAAUCAUCUCAUAUUUCAAUUUAUGGAAACAUUUACCGUCCUGUAUCAACACACCAUUUGUUGCUGGUACUGGUACUUUGUUAAAUUAACAGAACUGUUUCCCUCAGUGUGUAUUUAUAUUAAUUGCAUAAUGUAAUUAAUAAUUAACGCAAUAGUGGAUCAACUUGCAUAAUAAAUAUAAAUUUUGAAGGUCAUAUAUAGUUUUCCGGUUGGCAAAAAUGUUCUAUGCAUAAAGUUUUCCUGAAUAUUUCAUCUAAAAUAUAAUACGCGGUAACCACCUGUAUCUCAGCUUAAGAGGACCCAAGUAAAAAUUGAAAUAUUCCCUGCGGUUUAGGAGAAUUCAAAAGAAUUUUGCGCGAGAUUAUUCGUGUCUCUCGGCUUGUACUGAUUUUAAAACCUCGCAUUUAUUUACAUUUCUUUAAAAAUGAGCUGCACACUUUCUGUUUCUAACUUGCAUUGAGUAACGAUUGAAACCUCGUUUGAUCGUGAACUACUGAAUUUAUAGCAUCGCGAUCUAAAUUCGCAGAAAUCUUGCGCGUCUAUACGGAUGCACUCGCAAUCCGUAUUGCGUCUGUGGAGAGAACGCAGUUACAGCUCCAUCUUGUUGAGCGUAUAGAGGAACAUGUAUCCGUUCACCAGAUACUAUAUCCGCACCAACGCGUGUUCUGUUCUCCGUAAUUAAGAGUAGAUGGCGUUAGUCAAUUAUUAUGGUAAAUAGAAAUAUUUUUUGGACGAGUGUUUUAAUAUUUCGCGGUUGAUAUUCUCUCUUCACUCGCAAUAAAAGAAUAAUAUACUAUUAUGCAUAUAGAUAUCACACGCAUAGAAACAAUAAUAUAAAUUAUCAGAGGUGGUAAGCGUAAUAAUAUUUAAAAAAUUUUAUUUUGCCCUUAAAAUAUUAUUUUAAUUUUUUAAAUUUUCUUUUUGAUCUUUGCUUGUCUAGUUAAAGUCGAGUUAUAUAUUAUAUGUUUAACUUUGACUUGUUUCCGUCAGUUUCCGGUUUAAUAUUCAAACGAUGUGACAGUGUCGUAAUACUAGAGUGUUUUAUACGAGAGAAUAAUCUUAGAAGGUGCGUGUUGCGCGAACUAUCAUUUUCCCGGACUGCGAAUGAGUCACUUUCCAUUCUAGUUUAUAACGAUCUGCAAUACAAAUGUUUUUUCCUCACACAGAGAUGUGGGAAGUUGUCGCAGAGACCAAAACCGUACGUCUCGUCAAAAAGCUGCUUAUUCAGCGUUUCUCAUUCCCGUUUUAUAGAAUCGCGAAUUAUACAUGGUUCCGUGCCGUGACGUGCUAUAUUUUACGCCUCUUUUCAUCUCAACUAGAUUGCACGCGAGACAUAUCGAUCUCCACUUCCAUAUAAUUGCUCAAUUCUUCUUUUAUUAUCUGUUUAUACUUACUUUAUAUACGUGUUUAUACAUUUACUUCUUACUUUUUAUGCGCUUGACCUUGCUCCAAAGGUCGCUUAAAUGUCUAAGAAGAAGUUCUACAAUUGUUUGCUCUCCACUCGACCUCCAAGGGCCUCUCAUAGGUCAACUUGCGUCCGAUCAUUAAAAAUUUACGUAAUCAAAAUGAUAGAGGACUGUGAUUAUAUACCAAUUUUCUUUAAUCAAUAACUCAACAUUUUACGUGAUGGUUUACGAAUUUCGUGUUCAGUUUCAUAAAUUUCUACUCGUAUGCAACGAGUGUGUCAUGAUUUGUUAGACACCCUAUGCACAGGCUGUUUCUCACGAAGAAGAACAAAACAGUAUUUGCUCGACGGCGCAUCGCGCAUUACUCGGCGAUGGCGCCGCGGGUUGGCCUGCUGUGCAUCACACUGCAUCAACGAGCAUCAUCAUCUGUGUCACGGUGGCAAACCGGGUCCCAUAACGCGCGGCUUCUGCACGCGACCUGAUUCCGCCAGGGUCAUAUCGAUGUUCGCUGUGGCAGUUUUGCGCGACAAACCCAUAAGGUUUGACCUAAUAUGGAUACUUCGCCUUUACGAAUGGCACCGGCGCCUGGUGGGGAUCAGCCACGGAGAGAACUCCUUCGAGGUAGCACGUCUCUCACGUUCCGCGGUAUCCCAGUACCUCAUCGGACGUGUAUUACGACGCACACGCGUUUUCAUAUAGUCACGAUCGCGCGCGCGCUCCCACCACCACUACCAUCGCCACAGCACGCUGUCGUGCAGCAUGCCGGUUGCUUAACGAACCGCGAAGAAAGACCAAAAUCUGUCGGUUCGUCUCACGACGUCGUCUUCAGUCGCAAUACACCUGAGCCGAGUGAGCCGAAUCGAGCGAGAAUUGGUCAGCUGUGAAUUGAUCCUGUGUCAAUACCCGUAAGAUGUCAUAAGACUGGACAUUUUUGGGCCGGUGUUGGACUCAUCGUCCAAUCGGACAGAAAUUGUCACCGCUGUAAGCCCUACGUCUACUGAACAAGGUAUAUCUUAUACAAUAAUAUUGUCUGCUGAAGAUAAUAUGAACACGAGCGAUUGCUGAGAUAUAAGCGAAAAAAUUCCGUGGCUCGAGCUGGAUGUGAGGUUUGUAGUUUAUCUGAAGAUAAACUACAAAAGAGCGAGAAGACGCAGGAACUUUUUUCGUACCUCUGGACGGCAUUUCAAAGCGAUACCGUGAGGUGUCGUUACAGUAACGCAGGUAUUACAUUACAACAGAAUGCACGGUUGAUGAACAUUGGGAUCAAAACAAAGUAUUUCUCGCUUUGGCAUUAUCAGGGUCGAGAGGUUCGUGCGAGAGCUAAUUAGCAUCCCGGUAGCCGUGAAAGUCACCGGGCGAGACAAUCCGAACGAAUUCCUACGUAAGUGUCCGGACAAUUAUGCGAGGCACGAGCGAAGCGCGGAAGCCGUGUACUCGCAAGGUCGAACAGUAGACGCUCCAGCGAGAGAAGGUCCGUGAGAUACGAGCGCGAGUCUCUGACCGAUCUCUCAUUGCGAGCACAGAUUCUUUGCUGUGUAUCACAAGAGCAUGAUGUCGACGUCGGCGCACCAGCAGGCGGCCAUACGCCGCCUCGAGGCCCUCUUCAGGGACGUCAAGCUGGAGCAGCUGCAGCACAAUCCCGAGUUGUUCAAGCACGAGAUCAAGAUCGACAAAUGCUGCGAGAUCCACGGCAAACACGCGAAGGAGAACUGCUGGAGCCGCAGAGGCUCCCUGAGUAACGCUCAUCAGAUCAAAAAAGAUACCGUGGGACGUCACGACGCUCACAACAGUUACGCCGCCACGUCGCCCACCAGAAGAGGAUCCCUAGGCCCGUCGUCUUCGAGGAAAGAGCUGCACCCUUCGACCUUCCCCAGCACUCUGAGGAAGAGUCCCUUGGGAUCAUCCAUGAGCGCUAUCAAUCACACGAGGAAAGAUGCGUUCUCGAACACCAUCGGCAGCUCGCCCCUUCGAAGAGACCCCAUAGGUCGUUCUAUGGGUUGCCUGAGGAAGGACACGAUGUCGAACUACAACUCUCCGCUGAGGCGGGACUACGUAGCGAAGUCGAUGACGAGUCUCCAACGGCCGGUGGCGCGGCGUGACGCCGCUCCGAAUUUGGCCAGCUUGUUCACCAGCUCCGCGGACGUCGCCGGCCGGGUGGGCUUGAAAAGCAGCCUGAGCACGUCGAAUGGCGACCUCAAGGCGCGCAGCUACUCCAACGGGAACCUGAAGAGCUGCCUCGCCGGCUCCAGCGGUAAUCUCCGGAGCAACCUGAACGUGACCUUGAGCGGCGAGCCGACGUCGGCUAGCGCGACAUCGAAGAAGGACGGCAAGCCUGCGACUCCGCACACCGGCGGAAGAAGGGGCUCCUACGAUCGGCGCAGGCUCUCCACGGAUUCCCUGGAUAAUCCGAAGAGAAACUCGUGGGAUCCAGGUCGUAGGGGCUCCUCCGGCUCCUCGGGCGGAUGGGACGAUCCGAUUUGGGAGGAAGGAAGCGGCGGGACCGAUCAGCAGGAGCCGCGACCGGAACUCGACACCAGCAACGGCAGCAGCAACGGCGGCAGGCCGCGAUUCGUUCCCGUCACCGCCCUCGAGGACGUGCAGGCGGUGCGCUGCGCCGAAUUCCACCCCCAUGGCAAGCUCUACGCCGUGGGCUCCAACUCCAAGACGCUCAGAAUAUGCGCCUAUCCGAAGCUACACGAUGUCAGGGAGGAUCAUCAGACCUAUCAACCAACCGUUCUCUUCAAAAGAACGAAGCAUCACAAGGGCUCCAUAUAUUGCCUCGCGUGGACCCCGGACGGCAGGCUGAUGGCCACCGGGAGCAACGACAAGACCGUGAAACUGAUGCGCUUCAACGCCGACACUUCGAACCUCGAAGGGCAAGAAGUCGAGCUGACCAUGCACGACGGUACGGUGCGCGACCUGUGCUUCCUCGAGGACACGUCGAACAAGUCGAGUCUUCUGAUAAGCGGCGGUGCUGGCGAUUGCAAGAUAUACGUUACCGACUGCGCGACCGGUACACCUUUCCAGGCCUUGAGCGGCCACAGCGGCCACGUGCUGACGCUCUACAACUGGGGCGGAGCGAUGUUCGUCAGCGGAUCGCAGGAUAAAACAGUCCGAUUCUGGGACCUGAGAACGAGGGGCUGUGUCAACAUGGUUACACCUGCGACGGUACCUGGCAGCAGGGUCGGAAGCCCCGUGGCCGCGCUUUGCGUGGAUCCGUCUGGCCGGCUCUUGGUAUCCGGCCACGAGGACAGUAGCUGCGUUCUCUUCGACAUUCGCGGUGGUAGAACGGUUCAAUGUUUCAAACCUCACGCGGCGGACAUCAGGAGCAUACGAUUCUCACCGUCGGCGUACUACUUGUUGACAGCGGGAUACGACAACAAAUUGGUACUCACGGACUUGCAAGGUGAUCUUACAAUGCCUUUGCCUAGCGUCGUGGUUGCCCAACAUCAGGACAAAGUAAUCUCGGGACGUUGGCAUCCGACCGAGUUCUCGUUCCUCAGUACUUCCGCUGACAAGACGGCGACUCUAUGGGCCUUACCACCCGUUUAAAAGUCUGGGACGAUAAUGCGCGCGAAGUUAUUUAUUUUUCUUCGUUUUCUAGAACGUUUUGAAGAACACCCCAUAACACACGAUAGCUUUUGUUCUCGACGGCAUCGUCCGAGCAAUCUCUCGACUCUCACAUCGACACUUGUCGAGCAAUCUGACAGACAUCAUUGACCCCAGAAAAGAGCAAGCGGUUUCGAGCGAUGUUAACACUCUAACGUUAUUUGUGUAUUCGCACAUAGUCAUAACCAUGACCAAUUAAACCUCCUUGAUCUUUGUGACUACGUCGUUAACGUGAUACGAUUAAUUCGCAGCGUGUAAUGCGUUACACGCGACAAAGUCAGGCAUUUAAAUGUUCGAAACGUAACACGCUUUAAGGGAGAAUAAGGAACUGUUUUUAGUCAGACGACAUAUAUAUAUAUAUAUAUAUAUAUAUAUAUAUAUAUAUAUAUAUAU